GGAGUGAUAAAAGGAAGAAGGGAGCGCAAGGCAGGGCAGGGCAGGGCAGGGCAGAGCCGCGGGAGACCCAGAGGGAGGCACUGACCACACCGUGCUGAACCAGUAGCCUUGUCUCCCGCGGUCAUUAACCUUGCUGGGAAAGGCAGGGGCAGCUCCGUGGCAAGGCUUGUCAUUUAGAGAAUGUGAGCCGCGCCAGAGACAGCUGCAGACACGUUUCCGGCAAGCUGCUCCUUCGCUGCGAAGUGGGAUAAAAGAGCGGUCCCCGUGCGUGCGUGCGUCCGGCCGCCCGCCUGCCUGCCGACAUGAGAUUCCUGCAGCUCAUUUUGAGCUGGGUUUUGCUGCUGGCGGGGCUGCUCCUGGUCAACGGACAGAGGCCAGCUAACUUGGCCAACAGAAGAAAACUGCACAGACAUCACUGUUCCCACAGGAGAUGCAUGCCCCUUCAUUCCAGAGUGCCCUUCCCUUGAGUUUCUUCAAAUUUGCUGAGAAAAAGAAUUAAGUGCAGAAGCCCAGAUGACAACAUUUGAUAAUGGCACAGUUAUAAUCUACACAGAUGUCCCAUAAGCCAUCAUCAGGAAACAUACAGAAAUUAUAUGAGAGAACUAUUGGAACAAGCUUUACUGGAGUUUGGGGAUUCUUUAAGAAGGGAGAAAACAAUGAUCAACCAAAAGAUCUUAUACAGAAGUGCUGGAAAAUCAUCAGUGCAGUAUAUCCACCAUUUUUCUUGACAUGUCAACAUAACAAUCUAGUAGCCAGAAAGCAAACAUUGCAGUAUUAGACAAAUUACGUCCUCAAAAAAGCUUUUGCUGUAUUAAGUGUCUCUUAAUCAUGUAUCCUUUAACAACCUAUUAAGAAUAUGCAAGUAUGAAAUUAGUGUUUGAUAAACAAUAUUUGUUUAAAUUAAAUUAUUUAAUCAGUUUCACUAUUAGUUGAAGACCAGGAUGAUCUGUUUUAUUCCUGUUGUGGCACAAUGUUUCUCAGCCCAGCACUAUCCCAUUAACUUGGCCUACAGUUUCAGAAUUUCCAAUCAACAUGGCCAUAGCAUGUCAACAGGGGUGCCAGGUUAGAUAAUCUGGCUAUUUUUUAAAGUUGAAAUUCUUAAAUACUAACUAAAAUUAACAGAAAAACCUUACAGCAUGUUUGAACCUUGAGUUCACUUAUACAAGUGGAAAUGCACUGUGUUGAUAAGGCUUUGCAUGAUCAGGUAUUUAACAGAUCAGCAUUGUAAUAUAUAAGUUUUGCCAUAAAGUUGUCCUUCACAUUUUGUAGCAAUUUUAACACUACAACCAAUUUAGAUAUAUGUUGUGAUUCAAUAAUUUCUUAAAGCAUGUUUGUAACUGUAUAUGUUGUAAAAAUGUAUUUCAAAUAGCACUGUCAUAUUAAAUUCUCAUGUAUCUUUUAACAUUUUUGUAUUCUGUAUAUUGAAAUCACCCACUUUCACAGAAAAAUGAAAUCUUUACUUAGUUACUUUAAUUUUCAUAAGGGAUCAAUAAAAUGGUAAUAAUCUAUCUACCUAAGUAAAAUAUACAUUAAACCAUUUUUUAAUUUUUUUUAAACCAAAACUAUUAAUAGAAUUUAAUCAGAUAAUGGCACAUUGAAGUAAUUGUGGCUGUCCAGUUCCAGCAGAAUAAGAAUUAACUGCUUUUCUUUGGCAAGUACAGCUGAAAUUAAAGAUCAAUGUUUUUAAAUGUCA